UCCCUGCCCCUCUCUGGCCGUAGCCACGCCCCUGCCCUUUGCCCUCCAUUGCAAAGGGGCGGGAGAGCCAGCCACUCUUCCUCUCCUGGGCCAGCCUCUGAGCAGCCGCCAGGCAGGGGCUGAUAAACUCUGCUGCGAGCCCUCUGACACACCAGCCGGCCCGACUGAGCCACCAGCAUCACCAUGAAGGACGAGGUGGCUCUUCUGGCCACUGUGACCCUCCUGGGAGUUCUACUGCAAGCCUACUUCUGCCUGCAGGUGAUCUAUGCGCGCAGGGCCUUCCGCGUGUCGCCGCCGCUCACCACCGGCCCCCCCGAGUUCGAGCGCGUCUACCGAGCCCAGGUGAACUGCAGCGAGUACUUCCCCCUGUUCCUCGCCACCCUCUGGUAGCCGGCAUCUUUCUUCCAUCGAAG